AUGGCCCAAAACAAGAUUCUCUAUUCUGCAAAGCUCGACAAGAACAUGCGAAGAUCAGCCUACUUUGAGACAAACAAGAGAACCGUCAAAUCAAACAUCAUGCUGAAGUUUCUGAUGAAGGCGAUGGAUAUCAAGCUUCGAGUUGAAGCCGAUUUCACGACUACUCUUGAAGAUCCGAUUGAACUCUUGAAACGUAUUGAACGAUUCAUGAAGAAGAGUGCUGAUGCUGAAUAUGAUUUCUUGGAUUUCUGGGAAGCAAAUCAAAAGUUCUUUGCUAUGAAGCAAGGAACAACCAAAAACUUGAUGCAUUUCAAGGAACAAUUUUUGAGACAGGCCAAAGUCCUGCAAGAUCUAUAUGGCAUGGCCUGGUUCCAAAGUUUUACAGUCAAGACGAAAGCGUAUGCUGCUAUUGCUAGCACCAAUACUGCUGCUCGAAACAAGUUCAAGGAUGAUAUCUUUGAAGCCGUUCUUGCAACAGGAUUUCUGUGCAACUGCGAUCAAACAAGAACAGCUCCUCUGAUGCUGGAUCUUCAGACAAACUAUUGCAGAGAAGUGGAUUAUUAUCCAAAGACGGUCAGCAAAGCACAAGAUAUGUUGAAGAUUCACAUGGAUGUGAUUAAAAAUCCGGGAGUGAACCUCUACCAAGGAAAGGACCAACCUAAUAAAGGUAAAGGUAAAGGUAAAGGAAAGGGAAAAGGGAAACCAAAGGAUGGAGAGAAGGCAGCAUGUUAUGUAUGUGGCAACGAAGACCAUAUGUCUCCAAAAUGCCCAGACAGACUGUUACCAAAGAUCCAAUGGAAGAAUCAGGAUCAAUAUGUUGAUUAUGGGAAGAAGCUCAAUCUUAAUCAGAUUGGAGCAACUGUCCCAGCUACUGUUCCAGCUAUAGUUCCUGGAGCUUCAGCGUCCACAAGUGGAGCAUCAAGUGUUGCGGGAAGCGUUAACACACCUUUGCGACUUGCUGGUACUACAGGUAAUCAAAUGAUGCAAGUUCCUUCUGGAAUGCAGCUCAUACAGAUUCCAACUCAAGGUGGCGGCACUGUUACUGUCCCUUAUUCUAUGAAUGCUAACGGUGAGAUUGCGUUCAGUGGAAUGCAACUCAGCCGACAAGGCUUCAGUGGUGCUCAAGUGCGCCAAAGAUUCGAUGCAACUCAAGCUCAAACUCCGCAAGCUGUGAAAACUGGAUAUUUUGAUACGUCAAAUGUCUUUCACGAUGCUAUCAAGGGAAAGGAUGAGAAUGGCAAUGAUGUCUAUCUUAUUCCAUGUCCUGCUGGUACAACAAAUGUCGAACUUCAAGCCAACUGGCACUAUGCUAGUGAAGAUGAAGAUUUGACUGAUCUUGUUACUGAAGCAGAUCGAGGUCUGCACUUUAUUCAAAGCCGCAGAAAGGAAAGAGAUCCAUUUGGGUGCAGAGUUCUCAACGAAGAAGGUUUUCUAGGAAGAUUUCCACCUCCAGUUUAUCACGAUGAAGAUGGAAUCGCCAAUGUACUUGCUAUGCGCGAGAUGAUUGCUGCGUGUUACCGCAUUACUAUGGAUACUGAUGCUGACAAUGCUUUUAUUGUGCAUUGUGAUGGAAACCGAAAGAUGCAAUUUGUGAAUAGUAAGGGUGUGUAUGUGUUGGAGUAA